UAUAAACCUCCACCGAAACAGCGUGGGACCGUGUCCUCGUGCUGAAAUCUCGUAUCAACUUUGACAAUUAUUUUGAUUUUCAGUUUUAAGUGAAAUACAAACAGAUGGAUAUGGAGACGGUAGAAAGACGCUUUGUUCUGCGCUUGCUUCUGCUUUUUCACAUUUCUGCUGCCUUCCUCUUCACAAGUGUGUUGGGUCAGUCCAGGAGGACCAGUGUGGUGGUGGCGGUGCACAACAUCACUGUCCCUGCCGGGUCGCAGAUGGUACUGCAGUGCCACAGCCCCCGCAUGGUUUGGAGCAGGGACCGUCGCAAGGACCGCCAGCGUGUGGUCCACUGGGACCUGUUCCGCACUGAGCCGGACUACUCGGUGGAGCGUCUCGUGGACAAGUUCUCCGCUGGGGAUCAACGAAUCUACAACGGAUUCAACAAGGGCCGCAUCACCCUGUCCAAGACUGCAUUCACAAAUGGAAACUUCUCCCUCACCAUCAAAGAUGUGGGGAUGAAUGACAGGGGCACCUACACCUGUAACCUGCAUCACCAUUACUGCAACCUGCAGGAGUCUAUGAAAAUACAGCUCAACGUCACCAAGUCACCUCGUAAACAGAAACGGUUCUGGGAUGGGGAGAAGACAGUAUUUGUGGUUCUGCUGGGCAGCACUGUUGUCCUGCCAUGUGUGAACCGGCGGCCCGUCUGGACCGACCAGACCCUGGAGGAGGAGCAGCAGGUGGCGCACUGGGACUGGCAGCCGCCGGGGGUGCGCCGCGACGGGGCGGACCGCCUCAUCGACCUGUACGCGUCCGGCGAGCGCCAGGAGUACGGACCGCUCUUCCUCCGCCGCAAGAUGAACAUCUCGGACGAGGCCUUCACCAAGGGCGACUUCUCCCUCACCGUGUCCGACCUGCAGCCCCCUGACCAGGGCCUCUACUCCUGCCACCUGCACCACCACUACUGCGGCCUGCAUGAGCGCCGCGUGUACAGGGUCAGCGUGGGACCGCCCCUGCCUCCGGGACCCCCCCUGACUCCGGAACCCCCCUCAGAGCUACCCCUGGACAUGCCCCAUGAUGAGCCCAGCACAGACAUGUUGGAGGUGCCACACGUCAUCAAUGUCAUCCUACCUGAAAAUCGAAGUCACUUCCUGCAGCAGCUGGGCUACAUCCUGGUAACGCUCCUCCUGCUGGUCCUCAUUGCCGUAGCGAUCAUUCUCCUCACCCGGCGAUGCAAGAGUAAAGGGUCGGAGUAUGACAUGCCCAGGUCCCCAAGGGGUAACAUGAGCACCAGUGAUUUCGAAAUGGACGCCACAGAGCUGAGGAUGUGCAACGCGGAGGAGAUGAAGCUGGACUACAAAAACAACAUAAUGAAGGAGAAGGCAGAGAUGUGCAAGCUCCAAUACCCAAAAGCCUUCAAUGCAGACAAAGGCAACAGAGCUUGGAAGUGAGGCCAGCUAUGCCUCUGGCUGGUCCAGGGCAUGCAUGGGGAGAGGGAGAGCAGAGAAACGAGAGAGCGCUGGAGGG